GGAACAUGUAUCCGGUUGUGUUCGCGUGAUUUCCCCUCCCACCUCUCCCCUUUACUCGUCCACCUUGCGCUUCGCCGUAACCGAACUGUCACUGUCGCGCCGCGUCUGUCAAAAUCGGCGAAUGGCUUGCGACGGUGGUUUUCGCGUCGCUAGAUAGGAUGUGAAAAGAAGGACCUGCCUAUCGCGCGCGUCUCGCCGAAGUGAGGAGGUAAACUACCACGAGACGUGACGUGACGUGACGCGCCUGAUCGACGAUUACCGAAGGAUGCGUCGGGCGAGCGGCGUUCAUUUAUUCCGAUAACGACGACGAGGUGCGUGCUGGAGGUGGUGACGAGGUAAAAGGUGGAGGGGGGACAAAGAGCGUGACAGCAACAUCGCGACAUUGCCAUCGUCGUUGUCGUCAUCGUUUGUCAUCGUCAACCUGUAACGAUGGCCGCCACCGCCGUCGACGGGCUCGAGGAGCUGAGAAUCGAGAACGAACGGCUGUCGCGCGAGCUUGCCUUGGCCUCCACUGAGAAGAUACAAUCGGCGCAAUACGGACUCGCUCUGCUCGAGGAGAAGUCGGCCCUGCAGCAGCGAUGCAACGACCUAGAGGCCCUCUACGAAAACACGAAGCACGAGCUGGAGAUCACGCAGGAGGCCCUCGCAAAGUUCCAGACAACCACAAAGAUCACUGCAAAGAGCGGCAUCGAGCAAGAAGAGAGUCUUCUUAAUGAGAGUGCCGCUCGGGAAACGUCUCUGCAGUCGCAGAUUAUUGAAUUGGAGAAUGAAACGAAACAGUUACGUCAUGAGUUGGAACGAGUGCAAGCGGAACGCGAUCACGCUCUGCAGGAACGCGAGGAAGUUGGUAAGGAUCACCAGCAAGCGGAGACGGAACGUAAAUCGUUGCGGACGGAAUUACGGGAGUGCAGAUUCCGCGAGACCCGUUUGCUUCAGGACUACUCCGAAUUAGAGGACGAGAAUAUAUCCUUGCAAAAACAGGUGUCGUGUCUGCGAUCCAGUCAGGUAGAAUUUGAGGGUGCCAAACAUGAGAAUCGAAGACUCAUGGAGGAGGUUGAAUUGUUAAAUAGUCAAGUGGAAGAACUGACAAACUUGAAGAAGAUAGCGGAGAAGCAGAUGGAAGAAGCAUUGGAGUCUCUACAAGCGGAGCGUGAGGCCAAGUAUGCUCUGAAGAAGGAGUUGGAUCAGAGAAUCAACAGUGAGUCGAUUUACAAUCUCAGCAAUCUUGCGCUCUCCAUCCGGGGCAUCACGGAGGAUCAGACGAUAUGUAGCGACGGUGAAGACGAUUCGCCUGCAUUGCGUAGAAUCGAGGCGGAUCUAAAGACGCAGGAACCAGGCACAUCUGCCACCGACAAGCAGGUCGACUUAUUCUCCGAAAUUCAUUUGAACGAAUUGAAGAAAUUAGAAAAGCAGCUAGAACUUGCGGAGACUGAAAAGGCUCAUUUAACACAAAACUUACGUGAAUCGCAGUACGCAGUCGAGAAAAGCCAGGCGGAAUUGCAAUCGUUCGUUGCACGAAUAGUGCAGCUGGCAGCGCAUGUGCAAUCGUUACAUCAUCUUCAUUCGAAAUUGCCAGAAAAGCAGAGUGAAGAAGCAACAUUGGAUAAACUUAAUCAGGCUAUUGUACAAUAUCAUCAAUGGAGCACCAUGUCCGCUCGCGAGGUUAAUCAGUUGCAGAAAGAUCUGGCAGAAUUGGAGAACGGUUUAACCAUAUCUGACUCCACGCAACAGCUAAGAACAGAGCUGACAAAUUUGAGAAACAAGAUACCAGAGUCAGAGAAGAGCCUUCGAGAAAAGCUCUUGGAUACGGAACAAAGAAGCAUGCAACUCGAAUCGGACGUGUCCACGUUGUCGAAACUCACCGCGGAAGCGGGCGGUUUCCUUGAUUCUGCUCAGAACGAUUUGCAGAACCUUUCCGACGAGCUCGCGCAACUUUACCAUCACGUGUGCACCGUUAACGGCGAGACUCCCUCGAGAGUGGUAUUGGAUCACGAAAAGUCGGAAAUUGUGCCCGAAAAAGAAGAGGAGAACGGCAAGAUGGAUUGGUGCCGAACUCUAUUCAAGACCGACAUCAAGAUUAAAGAUCUAGAAAGUCUCAGCAAAUCAAAGGAAAUUGCGAAGCACAUAGAGACCGCGAUGGACCAAAUAAAGUAUCUUAGAAGCGCCGUAGAACAUACAAUCGAAUUAUCCAAAGUUAAGGGAAUGCAGUCCAACAUCUGCAACGUUUGCGAGACUUCUGUCAAUGAAAACAAAGCAGAAGUAACGGAUCUUCAAGAGCAAGUCAUUAGAUUAAAGGCCUUGCUGUCCGCUAAGCGAGAGCAGAUUGCCACAUUAAGAACAGUACUUAAAUCAAACAAAAACACGGCAGAAGUAGCGUUAACAAAUUUAAAGAGCAAAUACGAAAACGAAAAGAGUAUCGUUAAUGAGACAAUGCUCAAAUUAAGGAAUGAGCUUAGAAUGUUGAAGGAAAACGCUGCGACAUUUUCGAGUCUGCGUGCAAUGUUCGCUGCACGCUGCGAAGAAUACGUGACGCAAGUGGACGAGCUCCAGCGGCAACUUGCCGUGGCGGAGGACGAUCGGAAGACGCUGAACCAAUUACUGCGGCUAGCAGUUCAGCAGAAGCUCGGCCUCACUAUGAAGCUGGAAGAGCUCGAGGUUGAUCGGGAGCUACGCAAUACCAGGAGACACGCCGCCGGCGCAAACGGACGCGGUAGACCGCGGCUGUCGCAACAGACGAACCGUCCCCACUUAGGCAGAGAUUUCUUCUAGAAAAUGAUGAAGAUGUGGAGUAAGAUAUUCUGAGAGAAGCGAGAAUUUUGAGAACCUUUUCGAAUUUUUCUACUCGUUGUCGUUGGGGCCGAAGGACUGUGUGUAGUGAGUAUACACAAUUGACUUCUUCUUUGUUAGAAUGACAUCUCGCAGUCAUGGGUUUAUACACACCAUAAUAAUCGUCGCGGUAAAUUCCGUGGACCGUAUUUUUACAAAGAGAUGGACGAGAUACAGUAUAAGUAUCUGAGGAAAAAAAAGGAAAUGACGACGCCGUCCUCACUAAAUACGGGAGAGAAUCCCGCUCGGUGAACGGGAAGAAAAUUGGCUGCGUUUUAAAGGUUUCGAAAUAUUCAGUUUCAUAUCCCACGAAUUUUGCUCCAUAUCAUAGAGUCUCUUCGGGGAGUCUCUGCCUUGUGUUACCACUAUUGUUAGUAGAGGAAUUUAAGGAGUGUAUAGGAUAUACACUUUCGUUGAGGGCGCCCGCGGUUUGCGGAAUCGCUGUGGGCGAGUUUAAUGCGAAUACUAUGUUCUACGCGACGAUACGCGUUAGUUGCAUUAAACUGUCAAGUGCAUUAAAUUAACGCGAAUGAUUCAUGAUUCAUUCUCAAUCAUUUUUAUUGUACAGAGAAAACGCUCUACGUUUUAAACUUUGAUUUAUUGUGCUCUAUCAUUGCUUUAGCACGCUUAUUUAUUACGUAUUCUAAUGUAUUCAUUAUCGCCUCGAUGAAUCAAAGGAUUCUGUUGAUGGUAUGUAGCAUAAUAAUCAUCUCCGAAACGUUUCAUCAAGGAUAAAAACAUACAUUAAAAGGAGAAGACGCACGGAAAGAAACGUAUACCGUUUGUAGGUAGUUAGCGCGAAGAAGGGCAAAUUUUACAUUGCAUACCACAUAGAGACAAUAUUAAUAUCUCGCGCGUCAUCGGUAGAGUUUAUAAUCAAAGUAGCGAAAUGGAAUGUCGUAGCAGCAAGUAGAUUUGACAAUUUUAGACGGUAGCCGAAUAAAAAAAAAUAAAAAAAAAAACAUGAUAGGGGGACCUAUCUUCCAAGUAGUACACCUCAGGUCAUAUCUCCGCUACAAAAACGACACUCGGAUGCGUAAAUAGAUCUAUCUUUACACCCUUUUAUUUGACGAUUGAUUUUUUUUAUGCAUGAAUAAACCAUUUUUUUAUUUGAUCGAGUCAUAAAAAUAUUUAAUAUGUUGGAAACGGAACAAUCGAUAUUGAAAAAAAAUAUGUUAAAAAAAAUAAAUCUUAUAAAUCUUAUAAAUCUUAAAUUCAUCAUUUUAGGCAGUUCAUUUUUUUUUUAUCUCCGAAACGCGGGGAUUUGAUUGUUCCAGUGUUCCAGGAUAUUACAAAUAUUUAUCUCUUAUUGUUAAAGAUCGGUAUACGUUUUUAUAAUCUCGUUGUUAGCUAUGGAAUGUGCAACGUACAAUAUCUCGUUCUUUCUAAUGAUUUUGUAGUAAACGCGGCCUAAACGGGCUUUAAAUCAUUUAAUUGACAGCUUGUUGAAUUUACACUUUUAUCGUGUUUUUUACUGAAGUUAACUAUUAUACUCAAUUAUUGUAUUUGAAGCAGCUAUUCGAGUUUUAUCAUUUGUUAUCUUUAUUUCUAUAUACAUUUUUUUAUUGUAACGCAAAACGCUUUGUAAGGCACUUUUAAUAGUUGGUUGGACGCAUAAUAAUGGUUGAUCUCGCUCGACGAAAUCAAAGGAUUCUUUAUUUAAAAAAAAAAUGCAUGCAUAUAUAGUUCCGAUGACUAGUUUUUAUUGAUUAUCGCUGUCACUUUUGUAGAAGUGUAAUUAUCGUGAUAAAUGUGUGUGUGCUCAGUGCAUUUCGCAGAAUGCUCUUUUACUUUGAUAUUUUCCAUAGAUACGUCCGUAUAUUAUAUGUUUUCUUCUAGUGUCCGCCGUUGCGUAAGUCAUUCCAAUUAAAAAUACUCAAUUAUAUAGCUGUCCGAUUGUUAUGAAUCUUUUAAACAAUAUCGACCGUAUUAGUAUUUUACAAAUCUAUUAACUAUUUUAUAUAUAUAUAUUUUUUUUACAUAUAUAUAUUUAAUAAUUGAUUAUCAUAAUUAUUAAGAUGUGCAUACAUAAUUGAGAUACAUUCAACGUAAUGGAGCAUUCUGUGCAAAUAAAUUUACAUAUAUAUUUAUAUGAAUGCUAUCAUAGAUUGGCUUCAAUCAAAUCUGUUAUCACGGCUAUUGCCAUUAUUAUCUUUAUUAUUAUUAUCAUCGCUAUCUUUUAUUAUUAGUGCAAUUGUACAUUUAUUGUCGUAACUAUUGCCUGCCGGCUUCGCGAUAAGAUGAAUAUUUAAAGAGAAUUUAUUAAGCGUUUAUUAAUUAAUUAAUUAUCGCUAUUAUAUAUCUAUAUCGUGUCGUCUUUAUAUCGCGCGUCACCUGUGUCUAAGACGUGUGUCACGAAUGGAAAUCCUAUUUCUUAUUUUAUACUAUUCAACAUCGAUAUUCUGUCGAUGUUGAUAUUCAGAAUAAAGCAUUUUUUGCAGAUUUUUAUUUUCUUUACGAUUUAUUUCCUAUGUCGAAUCUCUAAUUUCUCGCCCGUCUUAAAUAUUUUUCUUAGACGAUAAUAGAUCAGAUUAGCAAUAAUUAAUAGUUUACUUUAUUAAGUUGGUUGCACUAACAAACUUUUAAUUGUAAUAGGUCAGCUGACUUUGUUGAAUGGUCCUUAUCUCCUUUUAUAGAUUUUAGGAUUAUAUAAUACAUAGUUAAGAAAAUAAACAUUUAUUUUAACGCUUAAACGUUUUAAUGUAGACUGGUGCAAUUGAUCCUAAAUAAUUCUAUUAUAUAAUUCUAUAAUUAGUCUUAAAUACAUGUAUACACAUAUAACUCUCCAAGAGUAAAAGAAGAAAGAAUUUUGCAAGAUUCGUGCAGACUCUUAAGCGCUAGACACAGGUCAGGCUAAUUUAUAUCCAUAAACCGAGCCAGUCUCAGACCACCGUCCCUUCCCUUCUCAUUACGCAUCACUGUCGGGAACGAGCCGGGCAAAAAAAAAAGAUUCUUCCUUUUCUCGAGAAACUGUCCUCACACUAUUUUUCACGAGAAAUAUCGUCCUUGACUCAACUUAACCGUCCGCAUCACGCGACUAGAGACGUUAGUAUCAGAGAGAUAUUAGAAAACAUAAAUCUGUAUUGUAAUGUUACAAUAUGAAAUAUAAUUAUAAGAAAUUCGGAGGCUGUGCAUGAUUAUUGAUAUUUAAUAGCUAUGUGUGAUAUCAGGAAUUUGAUUUUUACAAAGAGAUCUGUUUUCUAUUGAUAAGAAGAUCUGUGCAGUUUCUUGUUACUAAUUUAGUUAUAUGUUAGAUAUUCUGCUUGUUAAUUAAUUUCUGAAAGAGUCACGAUAAUAAAAACACGGUCUCCGAAGAGUUGUUAAAAAAUUGAAUGCGAGCGUCCAGUCGCGGUAGUGCAUAGCUUUGACAAUUUUUGCCAAAAAAGUAAUUCUGUCCUUUCGAAGGAACCCGACAUGGUCCUUCUGUACAUUUAGCGUCCUUCAUAAAGUUCCUCUAUGUAAAAGGUUGCGUAUCAGCAUCAUGAAUAUAUUGAUCAAUGAUUUAUUUAUACAAAUAAUUUCAAGAUCCGACUAAAAUAUGUCCUGUAAAAUCUCUUUAUAAUAAACUUAUACGAAGGAAGGAAAAGGCAAUUAAGAGACAGCGUGGUAAUUUAAGUGCAUAUAUUUUAUUACAAUCAAAUUAUCUAUCAGAAAGCAAAUGUUAUGUAAUGAACCUUUGAGAUAGAGAGACUGUUCAAGAAAAAAAAAACUACAUUAAUUAUAAUAUAUUUCAUUUACUUUGUAAAUGCCUAUAUCACUUAGUUACAAUGUUAAUAUAAUUUGAUUGCAAUAAAAUAUUCACCAUGCAGGCUCUUAAUUGCCUUUUUCCUCCUUCGUAGGAUAUAUUUAUAAGAGCCUUUAUUAGUUUAUUUUAGUAAUAAACUUAUAUAUUGUUUAAAAGAGAUCGAAGAAAAUACGCAACCUGUGUACCGAAUUAUUUAUCAAGAUCAUGUUUAAGAUUCUAAGCUAAAGAAAACGAGGGAGGAACAGAACAAGUUUUUAAAACAAACCGAAUUAAGUAAUUUAGAGAAAAAAGAAACGAGAGGUGGAUACAUUGUGAACAAUAAUAUUAGAAUCUGCCCCGUCGAAGAUUGGUAAAUGAGGAGGUAAUUGGGCUGAUGGACAGAUUUAUGCUCAAGGCUUCCACAAAAGUUCUUAUUGCGUCCCGUCUGGCAAAUCUCUCGAUGGUGGUGCGUUUAGAUACGUGAGACUAGGAGUAAUAAAAGAAGAAGAGAAAAAAAAAAUGUAAAACUCGCGAAUAACGAGUCCGAUUAGCUGUAACACGGCGUAGACUGUAAGAGAUUAAUCGACUGCGUAAUGUGUGCUGAAACUAUUUCUCUAAGAGGAAGACUCGGAGAGAGAGAGAGAAAAAUUUCUUGAUGUAAUGACGUGCAUGAGACGUCUCAACGACGUUGGAUGUAUCACACUUUAAUCGGGUCCAUGUUGCACUUACGCGAAAUAUUUUUACACUCCAUUGACAGAUAUAUGUAUCUCUUAGUAAUAAUUAUCGAUGAGCAAGCUGGAUAGCAUUUUGCGAAUUUGUGACUUGUCAUUAAGCGAUAUUAUGUACGAUAUUGUGUCUUGUAUAUAGGUAUUAUUGUGAUAAGAUAUUUUAUUUGUGGCAUACAAAAAAAAAAAAUAUAGAAAUCAUUUCUUUAAUUUACGAAAUAUAUUUCGAAUAAUGUUCACAAAUUUGCAGAAUGUUAUAACGCUCCAAUUGUUAUCUAAGUUAUUAAGUAUUUCUUUUUAAAUCAAAUUUUACUCGGAGAAAUUAUUUAUUAUUUUACUGUAUUAUGUUAAUUAUAAACGAUUUAAAUAUUAAUAUAUUCUGAGAAUAGAAUAUAUGCAUAUAACUCAAUUAAUUUAAAAUUUUAUAGUUGUAAUUUUAGUAAUCUUAAUGUAAUAAUAUUUAUGUAUGAGUGUGGACUUGUAUAAUAACAACUUUUUAUUUAAUAUAUGUUUAGAAUUCAGUAUUACAAAGUCGAUAAAUUAUUAGUGAGUUUUUUUUCGGUAUUUAUACUAUUCUCGAUUGACAAAAAUAUCUUUAUCAUGAUAUUGGUUUUAUACUGUACUUAAUCAUGGACCCAGAACAUUGUAUGUUGUAUAUACUGUAAAUGCACUCUAGCGUUACGGCAUCAAUAAUACAUUAUAUGAAAACGUACCAAAUUUCGCAGAGAUUAGCGAAAACGAUUUAUACAUACAUACAUACAUACAUAUAUAUAUAUAUAUAUAUAUAUAUAUAUAUAUAUAUAUAUAUAUAUAUAUAUAAUACGAAGGUCUCAACGAGCAUUAUAUUUUCUCUGUAGCUAUUAUAGUACACUAAUCCUUAAAUCGUAAGAAGAAAAAAAUCCGGAACCAACCAUUUAUAGCAAUUAUUAGCAAUCUCGUGAUUUCCCGCGUUUAUUGACAAGUAAUCGGAACGGAGACGCCAGUUUUAAAUUAGAUCGAAUGUAGCUGUUAAGUAGAUGUUCAGUAACAUUAUUUACAGGUAAAAAAUUUAAAAAAGAAUCGAAAAAAAAGAGAGAGAGAGAGAGAGACAAAGGUAGAGAUGCGUAUUCAAGCCACACUCGUGGUACCUGGAGUUGACGUUAUUAAACAAUAGUAUAUUAUACGUAGUGGAGAUUCUUUUUGUAACAUAAAGUGAAAUAUAAUCGUUUGUAACAUGAUUAAUUUU